AUGGGCAAGUGUCUCUCUCGCCCGGAGCGGCACAAUAAUCUGCCCAAGCGUCUUUACCCUGCCAAUACCCCUGAUAAUGAGCAACCAAGCGUGUACAGCCACCCAAACGCCAUGCUCAAGCCAAACAACGCAGCACGAAACACUACUCCCCACGCUAAGGCAACUACCUCAACAAAACAGUCCCCCUGCAAGAGACACCCACACCAUGGCAACCGGGAGACCAGAUAG